AUGGCCCCCCAACUCCCCGAACUCGCCUCCCUAACCAUCCACGUUUUAAUCGACAACGAACUCGACCCCAUCUCCCCCUCCCCCAAUCCCCUCGUCGAGCAAUCCGGCGGCAUGAAAACCAUCGGCCUCAACGGACCCGAUCUCACCAAAGACUCCUCUCGCCCCGGCGCCGCGCGCGAGUUACGAAUGGACCAUAUCUGCUGCUCCGCUCACGGCCUCUCCCUCCUCAUCACCGGCACCUCACCCUCGGGAGAAUCGCAUACGGUUCUCUUCGAUACUGGACCCGAGGAUAGUGCGUUCGAGCGCAACGCGCUGCGUCUGAAACCCGACCUCGGUGCCGUUGAGACCAUUCAAUUAUCGCACUGGCACCGCGACCACUCGGGCGGAAUGCUGCAAGCAAUCUCCAUGAUCCAAUCCUCCAAACCCCCCGGCGCUGACCCAGUGAGAGUGGACCUCCAUCCCUCCCGCCCAACGUACCGCGGGCUGCAGCCCCCUGGACUCCCCGUGGUGAGUCUCGAGCCGGACCCGACGUUUGAGGCUAUCGAGCAGGCGGGCGGGGUGGUGGAGAAACACGACGUGGCGCACACGGUGGCGGGCGGGGCGUUUAUGGUUUCGGGCGAAAUCCCCCGCGUGACGCCUUAUGAGCGGGGACUGAGGUUCGGGGUACGGUAUGUGGAGGGAGGAGGGUGGGUGGGGGAUGAGGAGAUGGCGGAUGAGCGGUUUUUGAUGUGUAGGCUCAAAGGUACGAUUACUUUUUUGGCUUUGUUGGUGAAGGGGGCGGAGGGUUGGGUGCUGACGCUUGCCUUUGUGGGUGCAGGAAAGGGAUUGGUAAUGUUCACCGGCUGCUCCCACGCCGGCGUCGUCAACGCCGCGCGCCACACUCUGGACUUGGAGCCGGACGUCCCGCUGUACGCUGUCAUGGGCGGUUUUCACCUCGCGGACGCCGAGGGGGAGCAGAUCGCCGCGACAGCGCAGGAUCUGAAGGCGCUAGGGGUGAAGGUGUUGCUUGCGGGGCAUUGUACGGGGUGGAGGGCGAAGUUUGAGAUUCAGAAGGUUAUGGGGGAGGGAGGACUUGUGCCCAGUUUUGUUGGGAGUACGUUCGUGCUGUGA